AUGCUCGUUGAUACUGAACUUUACGACCUUCUCGGCGUCUCUCCAGACGCGAGCGAAGACGAAAUCAAGAAGGCUUACCGAAAAAAGGCGAAAGAACAUCAUCCAGAUAAAAAUAUUAAUGAUCCAGAAGCAGGCCAAAAAUUUCAGGAGAUUGGUGCCGCGUACGAGAUUCUUAGUGAUCCUCAAACACGAGCCGCAUAUGAUUCAGAGGGGUUGGACGGUUUGACCGGCGCUGGUGGCCCACAUAUGAACGCAGAAGACCUAUUCGCGCAAUUCUUUGGUGGAGGCGGCGCUGCUCCCAUGUUUGGAUUCGACUUCGGCCCAGCAGGUUCAGGAAGGCGGCGUGGUAAAGGCGAGGACUCUCUCAUACCUCAUGAUGUGACCUUGGAGGAUCUUUACAACGGAAAGUCCGUCAAAAUGAACAUGGAGAAAGAAAUCUUGUGUGGCGUGUGCAAAGGUUCAGGCGCCCGUGGAAAUGCUAAACCAAAAUCAUGUUCAACCUGCGAAGGUAAAGGAUGGACAUAUGCCCAGACACAAAUAUCAAGUGGGCGCCUAGGAACAUCAAGAAUCCAAUGUCACGAUUGCAAGGGACACGGCGAGAAACUCAAGGAGAAGGAAAGAUGUAAAAAAUGCAAAGGUGAUAAGACCAUCAAGGAAAAGACAAGACAAGAAAUCUUUGUGGAAAAAGGAAUGGCAGACCGUCAGCGCAUUGUCCUAGCAGGGGCAGGUGAUCAAGAACCUGGUGUCCCCGCGGGCGAUGUCGUAUUCGUCCUGAGAGCGAGUCCGCACGAAUCUUUCGAACGUUCAGGAAACGAUCUACUUGCCCAUGUAUCAAUAACACUUUCGGAAGCACUCCUCGGCUUCUCUCGCAUUCUAAUCACGCACCUGGAUGGCCGUGGCGUGAAAGUUACAAGCCCUCCUGGCAAAAUUAUCAAGCACCAAGACUCAAUCGUGCUCCGUGGAGAGGGCAUGCCUAUCUACAAACGACCUGACGAAAAGGGGGACCUCUUCAUCGUACUGGAGAUUGAGAUGCCAGACGAUGAGUGGCUC